AAAAGCUAAAAGAACGAAUUAUUCAGAGAAGUGAAAAAUCGCACAAGCAGAAAAAGCAAGUGGACCAGGAAGAAAAUACUAAUUUUUAUAGUAAAUUACUUUUCAACGUUUACAUUUAUAAAAAUCUACAAACUAUUCGUAACUGCUGUGUCCUUUGUUGCAAAAGUGAUUUGGAAAACUACCGUGCUUUAUUGAUUACUGCGAGUGCUGACGAAAAACAAACACGAACGUGGUGGCAGCGGUUGCAGUGGCAGUGGUUGGCUGGCUGGUGCACAGCGAAAAGUGGACAAUACAAUACAGUGGCAGAGUCACGAGCAAUGUAAAAGGUGACGAGAACAAAAACACGCAUUGAGCUACCAAGGAAACGGGUGUGCGACGGAAGAAGCGCAUUAUACACAUCAGGUUACAUUGUUAGCAUAAGCAGCCAACAAAGGAAUUAGUUGGUUUUUUUUAUCGGCCACGCGAUCUUUUGCAGUAAUUUGGAGACUCAUUUACGUUGACGUGUGCAAGUACUCCGUAAGCAAAAGCAAUAUUGCUAGUAAGCAACAUAGAACUUGCUGCCGUGUAUUUGUUGUUAUUUUACACAUCAUUUAGCAGCUGUCAGCGUGCGAAAGUUGUGCGGUAAACAUUCCGUGAAUAAAUUUCUUGCUGCCGCACUUGCCAGAAACGCGCAAAGAUGUCAAACAUGUUUAGCAUAACUAAUAUUAAAAAUCGAUUUAUUUCGGUUAUCGCACCAGAUAUACCGCCGCUGCCAUCGACACACAGCCAUCAGCUGCAUCGCGGUAACAUCAGCGGCGCUCCAUCAAAUUACCAGUUGCGUAUGGCACAUCAACAGAAAAAACCAGACAAAUUCGCCUAUGCGCGGCCACCAUUUUUGCAGCUAUUGACUAUCGACGAAUUGCGUGCCUCAGCCGAUCACAAUGUGCGCCCCAUAAUUGUACCGCGUGACAUCACUUUGCUGCCGUGGGGCACUGGAUAUGCCGAGUGCGUUAAUUCCGGAAAAUCCGAGUGGAACGAAGAUCAGGCUGCGUUCGCCAGGCAAGUGCUGUCGGAUCCCACACACUCUCACCCGGACUUACCAUAUACAUACUAUGGUAUUUUUGAUGGACAUGCAGGGUAUGGUGCCGCUUUGGCAGCCUCCCAUCAAUUCCAUCAUAUUUUACACGAGAAACUGGUGGAUUGCUUAGAAUUGCUGCUUCCUCGUGAUGAAGACGCCGCUAAUUCGAAACAAGAUAGUAGCUUUCCCCAUCCCAGUCAUUUCCAGCGACUCGUAUCAAAGGAUGAGCUCAUCAUCGGCGCACUGGAGAGCGCCUUCUUCAACAUGGACGCGCUCAUUGCACAGGAUCGCGAUCGAUAUCGUGAUGCGGGUGGUUGCACCGCUUGCGUUGCAUUAUUCAUCAAUGGCAAAUUGUUUGUGGCAAAUGCUGGCGACAGUCGUGCCGUGCUGAGCCAACGCAAAAGUAAGUCCAUUGAAAAGAACAACGCAACAACUGGUGCAAUUACAAAUGCUGACAAUGGCACCGGCGCCCAAGAAGUAUUUGCGGUGCCAUUCUCGUUCGAUCACACCCCAGAGACAGAGCGCCAACGGUUGCUCACUGUAGCGCGCUUGAAGCCACAUCUGAUGGAAAAACAGUACGCUGCCAUGGAGUAUGCCAAACGGCCACAUAUGAAGGAUUUGGGCCAGCGCAUACUCUGCCGUCAAGGUACCAUGAAAGGUUGGACCUACAAGACGUUGACGCGCGACGACUUGCGCAUGCCUGUUGUGACAGGCGAAGGCAAGCGUAGCCGAUUGCUGGGCACACUCGGCGUCACGCGCGGAUUUGGCGACCACGAUCUCUUAGCCAUCAACACUGGCACCCAAAUCAAACCAUUUCUUACACCCCAUCCGGAAGUGGUUAUACGCGACCUUUCCAAAAUUGUCAGCAUUCCAGAUGAAAAUAACGAGGAUGGCGACUACGGUAUACUAGUAAUGGCCACCGACGGCCUUUGGGAUGUUUCCGAGAACGACGCCGUCGCACGUACCGUUUUCCAAACAUUAGACAAAUAUCCCACGGAGAAGCACCGUUACACAAUGGUGGCACAGGAACUAGUGGCGCGAGCGCGUGGCAAAAUUAACGACUCAGGACAUUGGCGCUUGACCGACAGCAAAGCCGCCGCAACAGUCGAUGAUAUUUCAGUAAUUGUGAUUCCCGUCUAUCAGUAUUACAAAGAGCACGUCGAAUGGGAGAAGAGAUGCGCACAAGUGCUGCAGGAGCGACGGGCUAAGGUGACACAAAGUGCAACCGAAGCGUGCGAGGAUGAGUCCCUGCUGGUGAAUGGCGUCACAAAGGCGCUGGUGGAAGUAGAGCAUGACGAUGCAGAGGAAGAGGAGGAGGUGGUCGUCGAAGUGAAUAGACAACAAGCACAAGCCACCGUCGAGUUGGAGGAAGAUGCGUCUCAAAAAGCAGAGAGUAGCGGUCAGACAGACCCGCUCAGUGCACACCAAUCGGCUGAGAAGGAUGUCAAGGAUUUAAUAGAGCAUGAAUUGAGUGCAGCCAUAUCAGCUCUAGACGCCACUGAGAGUGCAGAGGACGAUAAAAAAGAGGCAAAAGAAUCGUCUGUUACCACGCCAGAGAAGACGUAUAAAGCACAGCAGACGCAACAGCAACAACAACACCAACAUCAUCGCAAUCGUAAUCGCAAAGACAAACGUUGAGGGAAUGAAAAACGUACGCAAACCAAGCGUACACACAUAUUUUCUACUAAAUACAUAAUAAUAAGUACAUAGAGAACAAACUUAACUAGUUAAUGAAUAAACGCACUUAAUUUGAAAACCAAACAAUGAGUUAAACGGAAAACAUAAAAAUGUAGCGUAGAGAGGGUCGGCCGCGCUGUUCUGCGGAUGUGAAUUUGCCAAGCGAAA